UGAGUGUGUGUGUGUGUGUGUCACUCUUGUGUCUCCUCGCUCUCUCUCCUUCUGUCUCCAGGGCAGUGAGAUGACGAAUCAGGCUGCAGUGUGUGUCUCAGACAGCGUGACGGACCUGCCCAAACCCUGCUGGACAAAACGAUGUGGCUGGCUGCAGCGAAACCUCCUGCUCUAUCUCACUAUACUGGGGGUGAUCCUGGGCUCUGUGCUGGGCUCUCUCCUGCGUCUCUCCCCAUCUCUCUCUCCCAGCUCUCUCAUGCUGCUCUCCUUCCCGGGAGACAUUCUCAUGAGGAUGCUGAAGAUGGUCAUCCUGCCCCUCAUCACCUCCAGCCUCAUCACAGGUCUGGCUGGUCUCGAUGCCCAGUCCAGCGGUCGCAUGGGCUCGCGUGCCAUGGUGUAUUACCUCUCGACCACUGUCAUCGCGGCCGUGCUCGGGGUCAUCCUGGUGUUGUCCAUCCACCCGGGGAACCCCGCUCUGAAGAAGCAGGUCAGCGCGGCGCCCCGAAACCAGGAGGUGUCCAGCGUGGACGCCUUCCUCGACCUCAUCCGAAACCUCUUCCCAGAGAACCUGGUGCAGGCCUGCUUCCAACAGGUUCGCACAUUAACGGCUAAGAUUCCGCCCCCCGCUCGGGAAUCCGACUAUAACAAGCCCCCAGACUUCUCCCAGAAGACCCUGGAGUACAAGUGGGGCACGAAUGUGCUGGGGCUGAUUGGAUUUUUCAUUGUGUUUGGGAUCUCUAUUGGGAAGAUGGGAGAGAGAGCUCAUCUAAUGGCUGAAUUCUUCAAUAUCCUGAAUGAAAUCAUAAUGCAAAUGGUCACAAAGAUAAUGUGGUAUUCUCCAGUAGGUAUAGCCUCUCUGAUCUGUGGUAAGAUCGCUGCUAUCCAGGAUUUGGAAGUGGUUGCCAGGCAGCUUGGCAUGUAUAUGGUCACAGUGACUGUGGGGCUUGUGAUCCACGGAGGCAUCAUCCUGCCCCUCAUCUUCUUCUCCGUCACGCGCAGGAACCCCUUCCACUUCUACGCGGGCAUCUUCCAGGCCUGGAUCACUGCUCUGGGAACGGCCAGCAGUGCCGGGACCCUCCCUGUCACGUUCCGCUGUCUGGAGGAGAAUCUGCUGAUUGACAAGCGCGUGACCCGCUUCGUGCUCCCCAUCGGGGCGACGAUCAACAUGGACGGCACGGCACUGUACGAGGCGGUCGCUGCCAUCUUCAUCGCCCAGAUGAACGACAUCACCCUCGACGGGGGCCAGAUCAUCACUGUGAGUCUCACGGCGACUCUGGCCAGCGUUGGAGCUGCCAGCAUUCCCAGUGCUGGACUGGUCACUAUGCUGCUGAUCCUGACAGCAGUGGGACUGCCAACCCAAGACAUCAGCCUCCUCAUCGCAGUGGACUGGCUGCUAGACAGGAUGCGCACCUCGAUCAACGUUGUGGGGGACUCUUUCGGUGCCGGGAUCGUGGAUUACCUGUCCCGGGAUGAGCUGGCCCUCAUCGAUGCCCAGCGGUGUGAACUCGAGCAGCUGGACACCCUCAAACUCCAGCGCCAGGCUUCACCCCGGCCAGCGGAGGAGAGAGCCAGAGAGAGAGGCUUCCAUCUGCCAGGGUACUCCCCUCUACCAACAGAGGAGUACGAGACUCCUGACAUGAAGAAGGAUGGAGAGACCAGCGAGGGAGGAGAGGAGGAGAAAGAGAGGGAUGGAGGAGAGGACGGCAAGGAAGAGAUGAGUGAAGACACGGAAUAUGACAGGAAGCACGAAAUACGCUAACUGACCCUCCCCUCUCACCUCUCCCCCCUCCCCUCUCCCCUCCCCUCUCCUCUCUCCUUUCCUCUCC